AUGGCUUCUCUGGGCAAAUCUCUGCCAUUAUGGCGGAGUCUUGCGCCCCGUCUGUCCAAGGACCUAUCCACAUGUCAUCAAUGCCUUCGAAACCAGGGUUACGCCUCCAAAUCCAUCCGCCAAUAUGGCACAAUGCCUCCCGCUCAGCCAAACAAGACCCGCUCGUCCCUCUUUACCGACAAGAACCGUCAAUUCUUUACUCAUAGCCUUCGUCAAUCUGCCGCUUCACAUGCAGUCUCGGGUGCAGUGGCGGAAACUUCCACCAAGGCAAAGUCGAGCAUGCCCAAGAUCAGUUCCAAGUCCGUCGCAUAUUGGCUUUUGGGUAGUGCAGCGAGUGUGUUUGGUAUUGUUGUGUUUGGUGGCUUGACUCGUCUCACUGAAUCUGGGUUGAGUAUCACCGAAUGGCGACCUGUUACUGGCUCUAUGCCACCCAUGAACGCGGAGGACUGGGAAUCCGAAUUUGCGAAAUACCGUGCCUCCCCCGAAUUCCAGCUGUUGAACCCGCAUAUGAAUCUGUCCGAAUUUAAAUCGAUCUACUACAUGGAAUGGAUCCACCGGCUCUGGGGCCGAUUCGUGGGUCUAUCGUUUGUCCUGCCCGCUGUCUACUUUGUCGCCCGGAAGAAGGUCUCCAGCCCUAUGGCCUACCGUCUCUUUGGCAUUGCUAGUUUGAUUGGAUUCCAGGGUUUCCUGGGCUGGUGGAUGGUCAAGUCUGGAUUGAAGGAUGAUCUCUUUGCGCCAGGAAGCAACCCUCGUGUCAGCCAGUACCGUUUGACCGCUCACUUGGGUGCUGCUUUCACCUGCUACGUUGCUAUGCUGUGGAAUGGUCUCGCUAUCUUGCGAUCUCACCGAUUGAUGAAGGACCCCGUGGCUGGACUGAAGCAACUCGAGGCACUCCGCGACCCUCGUCUCGCAAUCUUCCGUCGUUGUGUCGCUGGUCUGGCUCUUCUGGUCUUUACUACUGCCAUGUCUGGUGGUCUUGUCGCUGGUCUUGAUGCUGGUCUUAUUUACAAUGAGUUCCCCUACAUGGGUACCGGUCUUGCACCCCCAACCAAAGAGCUGUUUGAUCCCCGCUACUCUCGUCUCGAAGAUCGUUCUGACCUCUGGUGGCGCAACAUGCUGGAGAACCCCUCGCUUGUCCAGCUUGAUCACCGUAUCCUCGCUAUGACUACCUUUACUUCGAUUAUGGCUCUGUGGGCCUACAGCCGUCGCUCGCCCACUGUUAAGCGUCUCUUGCCUGCCGCUGCGCGUAAGGGUAUGCACGGUGUUGUGGGCUUCGCCUGCAUGCAGGUUGGUCUCGGUAUCACAACCUUGCUCUACCUCGUUCCUAUCCCGCUUGCUUCUGCCCACCAAGCUGGAAGUGUGUUGCUUUUGACUUGGGUCAUGGUUCUGGGUAGCCGUGUCUGGAAUCCGUCUCGUACCGCGAAGCUGUUGCAGAUGGCUGCCAAGGGUCGUGGCCAACCUGUUUCGUUCUCGCAGACCUAUGCGUCACGCUCGAGCGGCGUGAAGCAACUGUAA